AUGGACUCUACCGCCUGCUUGAAGUCCUUGCUCCUGACCAUCAGUCAGUAUAAAGCCGUUAAGUCGGAGGCGAAUGCCACCCAGCUUUUGCGGCACUUGGAGGUAAUUUCUGGGCAGAAACUCACACGAUUGUUUACACCAAAUCAGAUAUUACCAAGUGAAUGCUUGAGUUGCCUUGUGGAGCUACUUGAAGACCCAAGCAUAACUGCACCACUGGUCUUAAGUAUCAUCAGCUUGCUGUCUCAACUAGCUGUAGACAAUGAAACCAGAGACUGCCUUCAGAAUACAUAUAACCUGAAUAGCGUGCUAGCAGGAGUGGUUUGCCGGAGCAGCACUUGCCAUAGUGAUUCGGUGUUUUUGCAGUGCAUUCAGCUUCUGCAGAGAUUAACAUACAACGUCAAAAUUUUCCAUUCUGGUGCCAAUAUAGAUGAGUUAAUUACCUUCCUGAUAGAUCAUAUUCAGUCUUCUGAAGAUGAGUUAACAAUGCCUUGUCUAGGAUUAUUGGCAAAUCUUUGUCGGCACAAUCUUUCUCUUCAAACAUACAUAAAGACUUUGAAUAAUGUGAAAUCUUUUUAUCGAACUCUUAUAAGCUUCCUGGCCCACAGUAGUUUAACUGUGGUUGUGUUUGCACUUUCAAUAUUAUCCAGUUUGACAUUAAAUGAAGAGGUGGGGGAAAAGCUGUUCCAUGUUCGAAACAUUCAUCAAACUUUUCAGCUAAUGUUUAAUAUUCUCAUAAACGGUGAUGGCACAUUGACUAGGAAGUAUUCAGUUGAUCUAUUGAUGGAUCUCCUUAAGAAUCCUAAAAUUGCUGAUUAUCUUACCAGGUAUGAGCACUUUUCUUCAUGUCUCAAUCAAGUAUUAGGUCUUCUUAAUGGAAAGGAUCCUGAUUCUUCUUCAAAGGUUUUAGAAUUACUUCUUGCCUUCUGUUCAGUGACUCAGCUGCGCCACGUGCUCACUCAGAUGAUAUUUGAACAGUCUCCAUCUGGCAACACCAUUCUGGGAAGCCGUUCUAAAUGUUUAGAACCUACUGUGGCUCUACUUCGUUGGUCAAGCCAACCUCUGGAUGGGUCAGAAAACUGUUCUAUUUUAGCCUUGGAGUUGUUCAAGGAAAUAUUUGAGGACAUUAUAGAUACUGCUAACUGUUCCUCAGCUGACCGUUUUGUGACCCUUCUGCUGCCUACAAUCCUUGAUCAACUUCAAUUCACAGAAGAAAAUCUAGAUGAAGCCUUAUUAAAAAGAAAAUGUGAAAGGAUGGUCAAGGCCACUGAAGUUUUGUUAACUCUGUGUGGAGAUGAUACUCUAAAAAUGCAUGUUGCAAAAACUCUGACUACUAUCAAAUGUACCACUCUGAUAGAACAACAAUUUACGUAUGGCAAGAUUGAUCUGGGGUUUGGAACAAAGGUAGCAGAUUCUGAAUUGUGCAAACUUGCUGCUGAUGUAGUUUUGAAAACUCUUGAUUUGAUGAACAAACUUAAACAGUUGGUUCCUGGUAUGGAAGUAAGCUUCUAUAAAAUCCUUCAGGAUCCACGCCUGAUUACUCCCUUGGCUUUUGCUUUAACAUCAGAUAAUAGAGAACAAGUACAGUCUGGACUGGGAAUAUUAUUGGAAGCUGCUCCACUGCCAGAUUUUCCUGCUUUAGUACUUGGAGAAAGUAUAGCAGCAAACAAUGCCUAUAGACAACAGGAAACAGAACAUAUGCCCAGGAGAAUGCCCUUGCAAUCACUAAAUCACAGUCUUCCAACAUCAGUAAAAUGUUUAACUCCUCCACUUUUGAAAGCUAGAGUUCCUGGAUUGAACAUUGAGGAAUUAAUAGAAAAACUUCAGGCUGGAAUGGUGGUAAAGGAUCAGAUUAAUGAUGUGAGAAUAUCUGACAUAAUGGAUGUAUAUGAGAUGAAACUGUCCACAUUAGCCUCCAAAGAAAGCAGGCUACAAGAUCUUUUGGAAGCAAAAGCUCUAGCCCUUGCACAGGCUGAUAGACUGAUUGCUCAAUAUCGCUGUCAAAGAACUCAAGCUGAGACAGAGGCACGGACACUUGCUGGUAUGUUGAGAGAAGUUGAGAGAAAAAAUGAAGAGCUUGGUGUGUUGCUGAAGGCACAACAGGUUGAAUCAGAAAGAGCCCAGAGUGAUAUCGAGCACCUCUUCCAACAUAAUAGGAAAUUAGAGUCUGUGGCUGAAGAACAUGAAAUACUGACAAAAUCCUACAUGGAACUUGUUCAGAGGAAUGAAACCACUGAAAAGAAGAAUAAAGAUUUGCAGAUGACAUGUGACUCUCUGAAUAAACAAAUUGAGACAGUGAAGAAGUUGAAUGAGUCAUUCAAGCAACAAAAUGAAAAAACUAUUGCCCAACUAAUAGAGAAAGAAGAACAGAGAAAAGAAGUACAGAACCAACUAGUAGAUAGAGAAUGUAAGCUAGCAAAUUUGCAACAAAAAACAAAAGUACAAGAAGAAAAGAUUAAAAUCUUGCAAAAAGAGAGGGAAGAUAAGGAAGAAACCAUUGAUAUCCUUAGAAAGGAAUUAAACAGAACAGAACAGAUAAGAAAAGAAUUGAGCAUUAAGGCUUCCUCCCUAGAGGUUCAAAAGGCCCAAUUAGAAGGUCGUUUGGAAGAGAAAGAGUCCUUGGUGAAACUUCAGCAAGAGGAGUUGAACAAACACUCCCAUAUGAUAGCAAUGAUCCACAGUUUAAGUGGUGGAAAAAUAAGUCCAGAAACUGUGAAUCUCAGUAUAUAGAUGUUAUGUAUUUAUCUUCCGGGGGAGGCGUGGUAGGGAAGGUAAUUUGUGACUCCAGAACAAUAGCAAAUUAUUAUCUAAUUAUUAAUUUAGUAAAGAACCUGAUCUGAUAAAUAUUUUUAUUUGGUCUUAAAAGUUUUACUUCCUGUUUCUGGCUUUUAUUGCUUAAAGCUUUCUUUGGUUCUUAAUUAGAAUGUUCUUCUUGACCUCCAUUAUUGUUUUUCUAAGGUUUUUCCCUUUUCC